AUGACACCUACCAACGAAAAAGAUAUCGGGAUGAACGGCAAACUGUCCGGCGAGGACUACGACAUCGGAGAUCUGCACGAUGACCGGGCAUUACUUCGGAAAGUCGAUUGGCGAAUCCUGCCUGUCAUGUUUCUCACGUACUUCCUGCAAUUUGUGGACAAAAUUUCACUGAAUUAUGCGAAUGUCAUGGGCCUUCAAAAUGAUCUACAGAUGAGUGGAAAUGACUUUUCAUGGUUGGCAACGGCGUUCUUCCUGGCGUAUGCCGUUGCCGAAAUCCCCCAGGGCAUUCUCCUUCAGAAAUUUCCUAUCACAAAGGUGCUUGGGGUCAAUGUACUCCUCUGGGGCGUGAUUCUGUGUUGCUCAGCAGCCGCACAGAAUUUUGCUGGCAUGAUAGCUUUACGUGUUUUGCUCGGGAUGUUGGAGGCGGUUAUUGCACCCGCCCUUACCAUGUACACAAGCAUGUGGUACACUCGUGCUGAGUCCACCCCGAGAUAUGGCUUCUGGUACUGCGGCUUAGGCAUGGGCCAGAUCGUUGGAGGGUUGAUUUCGUUCGCUGCUCAGCACGCACCCUCGAAUAUGUCCUUUCACGGGUGGCGUAUCAUGUUCGUCGUGAUCGGUGUGGUUAACAUAGUCGCUUCUAUAUUGGUUUUGUUUGUCCUACCAGAAAAUGUCGAGAAAGCCAAGUUCCUCAGCCCAACGGAGCGUGACCGAAUUGCACAACGUCUUCAAGAUGACCAAGCUGGAGUUGGCCACAAAGUCUUUCGCUGGGGCUCGGUAGUUGAAGCAAUCGGUGAUCUGCAAACCUGGCUUCUCGUCCUACUGACCAUCUUAAUUACUAUCCCCAGCGGUGUUAUUACCACGUUCUCAUCCAUUCUGAUCAAAGACUUCGGAUAUACGUCUAAGCAAAGUGCGUUGCUCAAUAUGCCCUCGGGGGUAGUUAGCAUUGUGGCAACGAUUCUGUCUACAUGGGCCAUCGCUCGUGGAUACUCGCGAUGGCUGGCGAUUGAUGUACUGUUAGUUCCGACAUUGCUGGGUUCGUGUUUAAUGUCGUUCCUGCCCAGAAGUAACCAGGCAGGGUGCUUGGUGGGCAUUUACAUGGUCAACACGACUGUGGCUCCAUUGGCACUGAUUUUCGCGUGGACCGGAGCGAACUUCAAAGGGUAUACUAUGAAGGUGUCGGGCAGUUCUCUGGUCUCUGCUGCAUUCAGCAUUGCCAAUGUUAUUGGUCCCCAGACCUUCCAGGCGAAGGAUGCUCCUGCGUACAUACCCGCCAAAAUAACCAUUGUAGCGGUCAACGCCGGUGCAAUAAUCGUAUCCACGGCCCUCCGCAUUGUGUAUGGGCGACGGAAUGCGAGAGCCGAUCGUCUGGGAACUCCAGCGAGAAGUCGCAUGGAGGGGAAAUUGGCGAAUGGAAGGAUGGCAGAGGAAGACGUGCAUGACGACGUGAACUUUCGAAUUCUAGUAACAGGCGCCAAUGGCUUCAUUGCCGCGCACUGCAUCUCGCUCCUUCUUUCCACAAACCACCACGUCCGCGGCACCGUCCGCUCCGAACAGAAGGCCAUCGCGACUCAAGCAGCCCUGUCUGCAGCAGGCGUGGAUACAACGAACCUCGACCUGGUAGUUAUCCGCGACCCGACUGAUGUAACCCAGUUUGCGCCCGCGGUGGCCGGUUGCAAGGGCAUCUUGCAUCUGGCCAGUGCGUUUAGCUACGAUGCCGCGCCCGGGGAAUUUGAGGAGAAGCUUCUUAUUCCCGCCCUCAAGGGAACAGUCGCCGUAUGCGAAGCUGCCUCAAAGUAUCCCGAAGUUAAAAAGGUGGUGAUUAUGUCGAGCUUUGCCGCGGUUUACGAUGCCUCAUUGGGACCGCAGCCCGGGAGGGUAUAUACAGAGAAGGAUUGGUGUCCGUUGACCUAUGAAGAGGGAAAGAAUGCGAGCCUCGUUCCCAUUGCAUACCGAGCGUCUAAAGUGAUAGCUGAAAAAGCAGCGUGGGAUUACGUUCGUGACCACGAAGUCAGUUAUCAGUUGGUUACAUUGUGCCCAGGAAUGGUCUUUGGCAAGAUGAUUCAUCCGAUUGAGUCAAUCUCGCAAUUGAAUGUUAGCAACGGAAUUAUUUGGGAUGUGUUGAAGGGCAAUGGAAUCCCACCUACAAAGGCGCCUGUAUGGAUUGACGUUGAAGACCUUGCCCGGACUAGUCUCCAGGCACUAACAGUGGACCUGCCCUCUCACCAGCGCUUCCUGGUAACGGAGGGAUCAUACGAUACGCAGGAGAUAGCCGAUAUAGUCAGGAAGGCGCUUCCCGAGAGCCAGAAUAGGAUCGCGGAGGGAGAGCCCGGCAAGCGUAUCAAGGAUACGCAUUACUCGUGCGAUUCAGGAAAGGUGCGACAGAUGUUAGAUGUGAGGUUUAAGCCGCUGAAAGACAGCCUGGUAGCCUUGGCGACACAGCUGUAUGCAUUGGAGCAGGCCUCUUAG